GACUUCACCUCUUAACACAUUACAAAUAUGUUUGUUUCCAUCAAAUGCAGUUUGAAGCUUAUGCACUAAGCAGGUGCCGUUAGUGACAUUUAGUGUCCAUUAGGCACUUAGUGUGUCACACCUGUGGAGAAGGGAUUCUAAUCCUGAUGACACAGACUGUUCCAUGUCUAACGACCCCUAUAAAAGGGACUCAUGAUUAUUCCCACCACAGUGUAUGAAGGAAUAUACAGAACGGAGAAACUUUCUUUCCAGCUCCCAUGGAUCUUAGCAACAGAACGGUUGUGCAGGUGGUGGUGUUGGCGUUGGUAGCUCAGGUCACUCUCUCUCAGCACUGGUCGUAUGGCUGGCUACCUGGAGGGAAGAGAAGUGUAGGGGAGCUGGAGGCCACCAUCAAGAUGAUGGACACAGGAGGUGUAGUGGCUCUUCCUGAGGAGACAAGUGCCCAUGUCUCAGAGAGGCUGAGACCAUAUGAUGUAAUAUUGAAGAAAUGGAUGCCCCAUAAAUAAAGAACUGUGAGACCAUUAUUCACAAAAGAAGCAAGAAGACAACAUCAAGCAGACAUUCAGCAUCACUAUCAACAUCAAUGAUGGAGCAACUACAGUUCUGUCCAUUUCCAACAAACAUCACAUUUAGAUUGAUGUUAUUUACUUGAAGUAUAACACUUUAACCUUCUGUAAAAUUGUAAUAAAGAGUGAUUCAAAAAGA